AUGGAGAAAGAGUACCCAAGUGAUGUUUACAAGGAGUGCUUGAGAAACCAUGCAGCCACCCUCGGCAGCUACGCCACCGACGGCUGCGGCGAAUUCACGCUCGACAACACCUCUCUCUCAACCCUACAAUGCGCCGCAUGCGGUUGCCACCGCAAUUUCCACCACAAAGUCAGCUACAUGACCAGCAGGAGUCGAGGAGACCCAGAAAACACUGUAGAACGGAUCGAUUACGAAGGCGGCAGCCGAGGGACACGUCCCGUCAUGGCGGAGGGGCGAGACAGGAGCGGAAAGAAGCGAUUCCGGACGAAAUUCACAGCGGAACAGAAGGAGAAGAUAUUGGAAUUCGCGGAGAAGCUGGGGUGGAAGCUGCAAAGGAGAGAGGAGGAAGACGAAGUGGAGAAAUUUUGUAGAGGGAUUGGGGUGAGUAGGCAAGUGUUCAAGGUGUGGAUGCAUAACCAUAAGAACGCUUCCUCUGUGUCUACCUGCAAUGUAUGAUCUCUUUCAACUCCAUAGAAAAUCCGGGAUCUGAUCUGAUACUCUCAAUUUUUCUCUUUGUUUUUGUAGGUUUCCAU